CAAGCUUGGUUGGGCUCUCCACUAUUGGUGUGACGUGAGUGUGAAUUGCGCCAGAUGAAUGCUGCGGUUGGGUUGGAUUGUUCAAAGCAUCAAAACCGAAGUCUUCGUCACUGCGAGAUGAAGAUCUCAUCGUCUCGACGUCACUACCAACUUGGUCUUGCAUUUUGCUCUCGACUGCGCCCGUACCGAUGUGCUUGAUUUUCCCUUGCGUGUUGAAGUGCUGUGGAACCGAUUGAGAAGAUGGCGACAAAUCAGCCGGCAAAAUCAUCGAUGCAAGCUAAGGAAGACGGGGACGAGGAACAGCUUCAGCAGGCCCUCAAGCAGUUGAAAUUGCUUCACAUCAAGUGUCGCGAGUUGCGAACCGCCAUACCGCGUAUUCUAGAGCAAGCCACUUGUAGGUCGUCGCCAGAAAAUUUCGCAACUGUAGUACUGAAUACGACUACGGAGCUGCGUGACUUCAAGACCCUAUACACGAACGAGGAGAGCAAGAGGGUGCUGGAGCAGGCACGAAAAAGUCGCGAGGCACAGCCGAAGAAUAUUAAGCCGUGGAGAGCUAGCGACCACCCCGACUGGUUGGACAUGGCCUAGUAAAGGCAUAAACGCACUGGUUGAAGCGGAAGAGAUAAAGCAUUUUGGAACCUGGUAUGGAUUAGGUAUGCUUUGCUAGGCGCUGGUGGUGUUACAAGAUUCUGAACAAGAAGGCGCAUCUCAGUGGAGGAUGACCUUGGACUAUCAGAAAUAUCUACUUGCGCAACUGCAAGAAGGGCAUAACAAUAAAUUCCUAGACAACUUUGCUCGCCGCAAUGGAGUCAAGUAUCGUAUUGGCAAGCUAUGAAACACUUGCAUGUAAACGUUUCGCUUCGCUCCCGUUUCAAAC